AUGGACUCACAAAAUUGUAAUGAACUUAGCAGUUCCAAAGUUGAAGAAAGCCCUCCAGAGAAGGUGUUAUCUAGUGGUAUACAACUUAGAGCAAGUGCUAGAGUCUCAAAAAAGCUCCGCCUUGACCAGGAGCAAGCUUUAGUGCAAGCUCAGUCACCAGAGAAAAAGGGCGAAAACAGUAAUGCUAAUGUACUUGCUGCUACUGAAGAAAAACGCCGAAGAAGAGCCCCAGUUUUGUGGUCUGCAGAUGACAAAGCUGCAUUCUUCGAAGCACUCAAUGAACAUGGUAAAAAUUUUGAUGCAAUUGAGAAAUACAUGCUUAAUCGUGCCAAGAAACGGGGCGACGGUGCAACAAAAAAUAGGGAAAAGGCAAGGUACUUUUAUUACAGAGCUUGGCAUAAAUUAAGCAGAUAUGUCCAGUUUCCUCCUAAUAUAAAGAAGGUAACUCAAGAACUGUAUGCCCUAAUUAAUUUUGGUGAGUUACGCAAGAAAUUGUGUCAUAUAACAGAAAAGAAUUCACAAAAGCUGAAUGAGUUAAUUUAUAGUGGCAGAACACAAGUUAGAGUUAGAGGGAAAACUUGGAGGAUCAAAACACCCAUAUGCAGAGCUCUUCGUAGACUUAAUAAUUUGGAAGAUGAUUGUGAAGAAGUCCGACUCCCUACGAGGGUAGAAGUACUGCUGACUCCUAGAACAAACAGAGAUUCUACGAGAGCUAGAACAACAGGGCACAAUCCAAGAGUUAGAGCUGUUCUUGGUCUUGACACCAGUUUAUCUUCAUUAAUAACUUUUCUUGGAAAGAGAUGGGCUACUCCAGCACAGCGAGGUGAGUUGAGAAUUGGACCAAAAAGUACAGCUGUUAUUACACACCCUCAGUACAAAUGUGGACAAGCUGUUACUAGUGCUUCUGUCUCUUUAUUAUCUUAUGUACAAAGGGUAGGUGGAGAAGUUGCUGAAGUUCAGUCACUUUUAGAUCAGCUGCAUGCUGGUAAAACCAAAGGAACAAUUAAAAAAGAAAAGGAAGGAGCCAAUGCAGUAGAAGAUGUUGCUAACACCGAAUUUAUGGACCCAUUGGUCUCAUUCUCCUCACUCAAUCUGCCAUCUGUUGAGCAACCUCCAAUAAAUGCGGAAGAUAAGGAGGUUGAUAAAGAAGAAUUUUCAGCACUUAUUAAAGAUGGAUGGAAUGAAGAAACUAGUAUCAAGACAAGAAUAGGCCAAUUGUAUUUGAUGAUUGGGAGUAAAGGAGUUAUUGAAAUGGAGUAUUGGUGGAUUGAAGAUGAAAGCAGCAACAAUGAACUAACAAAGGCCCUUCAGCGCCUAGUUUCUCUCGCUAGGAUAUAUCAUUUCAAGCUCAAGGUUGAAUGUCCUUGUGGUCAUAAAUGUAAAAAUGUAUCUAAAACGGGUAGUUCUGAUUCUGGGAAAGCAGUAAAGCGGCCGCAGACUUCGGCAGCUAAGAAGCAGCUGCUUUUGUCUGACAUGAAAGUUCCGAAUUUGAACAAUGCAAGUCCAAAACUUGAAAUAACUCGUACUGCAGAAGAUAUUGGUGUGACGAUAACUGCUGAACAACCCAGCACUUUGGUUUCUGGAACUUUCAAGCAUCCUCUCCUUCCAGCUCCCAUCAAGCAACAGAACUCUACAUUAAAUACUUUGAAACAAUUGCAGACUUUUAGACCAAAAUUCUGUAAUCGUCGUGGGAGGUCAAGAUCUCGAGGUGUAUUUGUACAGCGCUUGUUGCCUCUGCUCCCUAAGUCAACACCAAAGCCAGUAGUAGUUGCUCUGAAAGUUAUUGCACCAAGUUCUUCUCAACAAAUACCAGUACAAGUUGGUGGAGAAAUAAAGGAUUCCAAAGUGGAUACAAGCAUUGCAGGAGCUGGUGUUGUCUCUUCUAAUGAAGGUGGUUCUCUUCCUCUAAUAGAAGGUAGUAGUGCUCUUUUACCUCAAAAAAAUGAAACUUCAGCAGCUAUUACCGAGCUUGUUCCAAAAAAUACUGAAGAUCCUUUGUCAUCCAACACUUUCAGGGGGAUAUUGGGUAGCGGAAGUGAAGGUGACCUUGGAGAUGACACACCUCCAACCAGCCCAAGUAGAAUUCUAAAGGAAGGAGAAAGCCAAUGGCUCAAUUCUGAAGUUACAGAUUUCUCACUAAGCAGUUUUCUUGGGCACCUUGAAUCACCUUUGAAAUCAAAUGGAGCUACUUCGAGUGAUGACAUACAGAUAUCUACUGAUGUUGAAUCACAUUUUCAAAGCUUGAUGACAGAAAGUAGUCUUGAUUAUACUGCAAAGUUUGCUGAUCUCGCUGAGAAAAUUGCUGGAGGUGCAGGGCCACAUGCCUGUUAA